AUGGGCCCCUGUACCGCCUCCUCAUGCUGCUGCCAGGCCCGUAAUCUGCCAUGGGCCCCCGUACCGACUCCUCAUGCUGCUGCCAGGCCCGUAAUCUGUCAUGGGCCCCUGUACCGCGCUCCUCAUGCUGCUGCCAGGUCCAGAGUGUGUCAUGGGUCCCUGUACGGCCUCCCAUUGCUGCUGUCUCCAUCGCCACACUCUGCCAUGUGCCACUUUCAGGUCUCCACACACUGCUGGUGGGUUCCAUUUUGUCAUAGGGUGCUGUAUGGCCUCCCAUUGCUGCUGCCUCCACCGCCACACUGUGGCUCCACACUCUGGUUUUGGCCCCGUGACUGCCCAAAUGAGUUUAGUGUGCGGUGAUUCUAAGAUCGACGGCACUCAUCUGCAUGUCAUACUGACUGACAGUAUUAUUUCUCUUCCCCAGCAGACUCCAAGGGCAUUUAAAUUAAAGGUACAGUGUUCUGCACUAAUAUAA